CCUUCCUCCGCCCAAUUUCUGCGGGUGGUCAAGCCUGGCUGGGGGCUGGGACGGUGGAGAAGGCACUGGUGGAGCCCUAAGGGGCCUCACCCACAAGGCAGGGGUCGGAGUACGUGGGGUCCCGGACACCUCCAGGAGGCCGCUGGGGAGGCAGGUCCCUGCACCACCUCCCCCCACCCCAGCCCCCUCUAUCAUCCCGGGGCGGGACCAAGGGGCGGAGCGGGAGGGUGACCGGCCGUGACGCGUGCCCCGCCCGCUCAUAUAGCGGCUCCCGGGGGCGCAGGGACCGUGCUCCGCCGUCUCCGCCGCAUCUUCCACCCGCGCCGCCGCCGCAGCUCCCCGCGCUCGCGCCACCGCCGCCGCGUCCACCCUCAGCGCCACCGCCAUGCGGGAGAUCGUGCACCUGCAGGCCGGCCAGUGCGGCAACCAGAUCGGGGCCAAGUUUUGGGAGGUUAUCAGUGACGAACAUGGCAUCGACCCCACAGGCACAUACCAUGGGGACAGUGACCUGCAACUGGAGAGGAUCAACGUGUACUACAACGAGGCCACAGGAGGGAAUUAUGUCCCCAGAGCGGUGCUGGUGGACCUGGAACCCGGCACCAUGGACUCUGUCCGUUCCGGCCCCUUCGGUCAGAUCUUUCGGCCCGACAACUUUGUGUUUGGCCAAUCCGGAGCCGGCAACAACUGGGCAAAAGGGCACUACACGGAGGGCGCGGAGCUGGUGGACGCCGUCCUGGAUGUAGUCCGGAAGGAGGCCGAGAGCUGCGACUGCCUUCAGGGCUUCCAGCUGACCCACUCGCUGGGAGGUGGCACGGGGUCUGGGAUGGGCACGCUGCUCAUUAGUAAGAUCCGCGAGGAGUUCCCGGACCGCAUCAUGAACACCUUCAGCGUGGUGCCCUCGCCCAAAGUGUCGGAUACGGUGGUGGAGCCCUACAACGCCACGCUGUCCGUGCACCAGCUGGUGGAGAAUACGGAUGAGACCUACUGCAUCGACAACGAGGCGCUCUACGACAUCUGCUUCCGCACCCUCAAGCUGACCACCCCCACCUACGGGGACCUCAACCACCUGGUGUCGGCCACCAUGAGCGGGGUCACCACCUGCCUGCGCUUCCCGGGCCAGCUGAACGCCGACCUGCGCAAGCUGGCAGUCAACAUGGUCCCCUUUCCUCGCCUGCACUUCUUCAUGCCUGGCUUCGCGCCCCUGACCAGCCGGGGCAGCCAGCAGUACCGGGCCCUGACGGUGCCUGAGCUCACCCAGCAGAUGUUCGACGCCAAGAACAUGAUGGCCGCGUGCGACCCGCGCCACGGCCGCUACCUGACCGUGGCCGCCGUGUUCCGGGGCCGCAUGUCCAUGAAGGAGGUGGACGAGCAGAUGCUGAGCGUGCAGAGCAAGAACAGCAGCUACUUCGUGGAGUGGAUCCCCAACAACGUGAAGACGGCCGUGUGCGACAUCCCGCCCCGCGGCCUGAAGAUGGCUGCAACCUUCAUCGGCAACAGCACGGCCAUCCAGGAGCUGUUCAAGCGCAUCUCCGAGCAGUUCACGGCCAUGUUCCGGCGCAAGGCCUUCCUGCACUGGUACACGGGCGAGGGCAUGGACGAGAUGGAGUUCACCGAGGCCGAGAGCAACAUGAAUGAUCUGGUAUCUGAGUACCAGCAGUACCAGGAUGCCACUGCCGAGGAGGGCGAGUUCGAGGAGGAGGCGGAGGAGGAGGUGGCCUAGGCUGCUCCCAUCGCUUCCCAUCUUUCCCCUUGAGGCUUCUGACCUUUGACCCCCUAGGCCCCCCAUCUCUGACCCCUGGAGCCCCACUUUCCCUCCAAGCCUGACUUCCCUGCAACCGUAAGACUUGGCCCUGACCCUAACAAUACCUUUGGAGCUCGCUUUACCUCUGGCUACUUCAUCUCCAACCCUGGCUCCCCUUUGACCCUUGAGCCCCAAUUUAUCUUUGACCCUCUUGAGCUCUUCCAACCUUGACAUUCCCAGGAGGAGCCCCGCUUCACCCUUCUGACUCUGGGAACGCGCCUUUAACUUUGCGGGUCCUCCUUCACCCCUGACCUCUGCUUCACCUUUGACCCCUGCCCCCCAUGAAUCCCAUUUUACCUCUAGACCUAGAAGUUCUGGUUUAUGUUUGACCCCUCCCUCUGAGCUGCACUUCACCUCUGACCUUGCCUCACCUUUAACCCCAUCACCUGAGCCCCAGCUCCUACCUCUGACCUCAACUUCUCUUUGACCUCUGAAUCCCCUCUGACCCCAACUUCUCUUUCACCCCCAUGAGUCCCAUUUUACCUCUACACCUGUAAGUCCUGGUUUGCACUGGACCCCUCCCUCCGAGCUGCAGUUCACCUUUGAACUUGCCUCACCUUCCACUCCCCACAGCCCCAGCUCCUACCUCUGACCCCUGCUUCUCCUGGCUCCCACAGGCCCCAUAUGCGUCCUCCCUGCCUCACUCCCCUCAGCCCCUGCCGACCUUAGCUUAUCUGGGAGAGAAACAAGGCCCGGUUCCUGUGAGGAGGAGAGGUUGCCCCUGCCCUCCCUUCCCGCAUCCCUGCCUUGCCCUCAAUAAAUAAAUUGAUUGUUGUCCUGGA